UAUCCAGUUUAGACGGCUUCAGCUCAGAUCUGUGACUGUGUGUCUUGGAUUACUGUGCGCUGUCCUGUUGGCUGGUAACAUUGGUCAGAUGAUCUUCUAUGCCAGCCGACACACUUACUGUGCAGAGAGAGAACAGCUAGAGGCCGGACUGAAAAACCUCACUCAAGAAAAAGACCAAUAUGAGCAAAGUUGCACCACCUUAAAACUAAAGAACGAUCAAUUACAGACAACUUACAAUGACAUGCGGAUGAAUCUGGACGGGUUGGAGGCCAAUCACAGUGACCUGCAAAGAGAAAAUGAUGAGUUACACACUUUUCUUCAUCAGCUACUGAGCAAUUACUCUUCACUGAGAGUGGACAACUACAAGUUGCAAAGAAGCUACAACACAUUGAAUAUUAGUGCAAUUCUCCUUCAGACCAACUACAAUUCAUUGCAGAAAGAGAAAAGACAAUUACAAACCAACUAUGACGCUCUGCAGAGUGCCAAAGCGCAGUUACAGACCACUUUCAGUAAUCUGGCUGCUGUUUGCAGAGAGCUGGGCGAACAGUACCUGGCCACUCUCAAGAAUAUGACCGCCAAAAUGAGAACCAUGCUCUGUCAGACGGGCUGGGAGAAGCUGGACACCAACUGUUACUUCGUUUCAACAGUGAAGAAAAACUGGGCGUCAAGCAGACAAGACUGCAUCGCCAAGGGAGCAGACCUGGUCGUCAUAGACAGCAGGAUUGAACAGGCGUUCGUCAACGUGCUGCUGAAAUCAGGCCAAAAUGCCUGGAUCGGUCUGACUGACAGUGAGACAGAGGGGACUUGGACGUGGGUGGACGGGACGCCAGUGACCACGACGUACUGGCAGGCCGGGCAGCCCAACAGCCACGGCGGGAACCAGGACUGUGGGGAAGUGCUGGAGACGUCAUCUGGAGUGGGAGAAUGGAACGAUGACGCCUGCUCUGGUGAACAAACGUAUAUCUGUGAGCUAUAA